AUGGAGGUCGUUCUUGAGCAGGUCCAGCUCAUGUUCAGCCUGGAAAACAUUGUGGAUGUAGCUGUGGCCAACAAUAAGCUGUACAUUGCUGUUGGAGCGGUGUCAGUGAUUCGAAUUGACCUGUCUGAGCCGACGAAAGUCAAGGAGAUCCAGAUCCCCCGUCGCGGUGAGUCGGGAGGCAGUAUUAAAGCUAUCUUCACAGACUAUUCAGGCGCUCAUCUGAUUUUGGUGACCUCGACAUUUGAACAUUAUUAUUUGAAUGGUGACGCCGAUGACUUCCGUCACCUGUCUCGUUUGAAGGGGCUCAAAACUUCUGCGAUUGGCUGGAGCCCGCUGGUCAAUUCUCGUUCUCCGGGAGUUAUUUUGCUGGGUACCGAGUCAGGGCUACUGUACGAGGCUGAAGUCGAGCCUCAUGCGUCGGAGAGCUACUUUAAACGCGAUGUUCGCUAUCUUAAACAGGUUUGGCAGUGCCCUGCUGGCGGGGCGUUUGGUGGAAUCCAUUGCGGCAUUGGCCAAAAGAGUAUCCACUUAAUUGCUUUGGCUGGUGCUACCAUAUAUUCCUGGCGAGACGAAAUGCUCAAAAACUCUACCUUGACCGAUGUUUACAAGCAUUUAUUCACAUUGGCGCCGGGCAGUCGGUCGCUGGGUACACAAACGGAAGCUGGCAUGCUCCAAGUCUCGCCCAAUGGUGAGCGAUAUGCUGUAUUAGUUCCAGGCACACUAUAUACCGCGAAAAUCUCCGAGGAACUUAGUGGUAACGUGAUAGAUACACCCCCCAACGCUGCUGGGCUCUUAUUAUCCAAUUACCAUGCUCUGUUGGCAGAUUCCAGGUCUUUGUAUGCCGUCAAUAUUUGGACAGAGAAGCAGGUAUCUGUGAGUCAAUUCCCUGGCGAGAUUUCUGGCGUCUACUGCGAUCGCCAACAACAAACGUUCUGGGCAUUUAGUGCCGAAGGAUUGACUGAAAUUAAACUGGAGAACGAAGAAUCCGACAUGUGGCGAACUUUUGUAUCCAACAAGCAAUUUGAAGAGGCACUGAGUGUCGUUAAAGACCAGGCAGAUCGUCGGUAUAUAUAUGCUGAAAUGGCAGCUUCUGAAUUAGAAGCGGGCAAUUACAGAGAAGCCGCUGCACACUGGGGGCUGAGCGAUGCUUAUAUCGAAGGGAUCACAGCCAAGUUGAUUGAUUUAAAUGACGUUCAAGCUCUGGUAGCACUUUUCACAAACAGAUUGUCCAUUACACGAGGCAAGGCUCAGCGAAUCAUGCUCAGUAGCUGGAUCGUAGAGUUCCUACUUCAGCAGGGUGACCCGCAGCCUGUUAUGGCCUUUCUUCGUGGUAGAAAGGACGUUUUUGACAAAGAUACAGUAUUCGAGCUAUUGCAGCAACAUGGCGAUAACGAUCUGUUGUUGGACUUUGCGAACUUGGUUAAAGAUUACGGGUUCAUUGUCGAUUUCUAUAUUCUGCAUGAUGAGUGGUCUAAAGCGUUAAAAGUUAUGCGUGAUGCCGACGUUGUUGAGUUGGUGUAUCGUCAUAGCAAAGUACUGCUUGCUGCUCUACCUCAAGAAACGGUAGAGACCUGGAUGCUUAUUCCUAACCUGGACCCGUUGCAACUUUUGCCAGCCUUACUAGACCAAGCUAGGUACUUCAGAGGCGACGUGUCCAAGUCGCAAGUGAUUCGCUUUUUGCGAUACUUGAUUUUCAAAAAAAAUGUCCAGGAGCCCAUGGUGGACACAGCAUUGAUGUACGCCUAUGCUCAAGCCCCGGGAGAGGAUGAGCUUUUGCAGUUUGUGAAAGACCGCGAACAGAGUUUUGUAUAUUUUGACUCCGCAUUGAGGUUAUGCCUCAACUAUGGGAAGAUCAAAACUGCUAUUCAUAUUUAUACUUUGAUGGACUUGCGAGAAGAGGCCGUAGAGCUGGCCUUGAAGCACGACCUUCUAGACGAGGCGGUUUCAAUUGCUGAGCAAAGCCUGGAAAACGAGCGACUUUCCAAAGCGCUGUGGCUGCGAAUUGCAAAAAUGCGUGUAGCCAAGGAUGGGCCUGCUGGUGCGUUGGUGCUGGCAGAAAGUGGCAAUCUAUCCAUCGAAGAACUCCUGCAGCUACUUCCUGACUUUGAAAGCCUGGGUGAUUUUGCUCCGAAUGUGAUCAGAGGGCUGGAGAAAUCAAGCCGCGAGCUCAAAAAGAUCAACGAGGAAAUGACGCAGUCUCUGCUUGCCGGACGAAACAUGCAAUCCCAGUCUGAUGAUCUGAAAAAGCGGUACGUUCUCGUGGAGCAAGGAGAAGAUUGCCAAACUUGCCACUUUUCUCUACUGACACGAAAGUUCUACGUGUUCCCCUGCCAGCACGGCUUCCAUUUCGACUGCUUGAUCAAGGAGCUUGAAUCUACUCCGGCUGGCCGGCAGAUUCGAACCAUCAAAGCGUCUUCUGCGCCUGCUGAAGAACAAGAUCAAAAGCUGGACGAGAUCGUUUCAAGCUGUUGCCUUCUGUGUUCUGAUUCACGUAUCGACCUAGUUGAUCGCCCCCUGGUUGUAGAUUUAUAA